AAGAAAUAGCUUAUACCAAAUCACCUUACUUGAUAACAGUAAACCUUUGAAAAAACACCCAUUUCGUGAUUGGAGACACGUCACAUAUGCACCUCACAGAAAACCCAACAAUUUUAAGGAUUUUACAUCAAGAUGGCUGCCUAUAAGUUGGAUCAAUUUCUUGAAAAUGUUGACAAGAAGGUGUUAGAAUGUACUGUCUGCUUUAAGAGACUUCAAAAUCCUAAAUCACUAAACUGCCUCCAUAGUUUCUGUUUGGCAUGUCUGGAAGAUUGGGUUAAGGAGAAGGGUAAGCUGACUUGCCCAACUUGCUCAAAAUCAUAUCCCAUUCCAGAGGGCGGGCUUCAAAAGCUUCCACCAAAUACCUUUCUAAAUAACUUGUUAGAAACUAUUGAGCAAUUUUCAGAAGAAGAUCAGAUGAAAUGUAGUGUUUGUGAAGAGGAAGGACAGGUAAAAUACUACUGCCAGGAUUGCAGACAGUACCUGUGCUCUACUUGUAGUGAUCAACAUAAGAAGUUUAAAGCCAUGGCGAAUCACAAGUUACAUUUAAUGGAGGAUGUGCAAUCAAUGAGCCCCUCUCAGAUGACUUUGUUACAUCCACCUCUGUGUUCACAUCACAGUAAACCUUUAGAGUUCUACUGCACAGAUUGUAAAACUCCAAUCUGUAUGAACUGUACAAUUGUGGACCACAAUGCAUGGGAUGGAAAACACAAAUCAAUUAACAUUUCAGAUGCAUUCCAAGCAUUUAAAGAAACUUCAGCCACCUUAGAAAAAUCUGCCCAAAUCAUCAUAAACAAAUUAGAAGAUGGUCUCAAAGCUGUUAUCCAGAAUGCUACAAAAUUACAACAAAGUAAACAUACAAGUUUGAGUGAAAUAGACAAUCAUGUGGAAAAAAUAUUCGAAAUAGUAAAGGAAAAUAGAGACAAACUGAAAAAUGAAGUAGAGACAAUCUACAAAAGAAAAAAUAAGGUAAAUGAUGUACAAAUGGAAGAAUUAAAAACAACAAUAUCUGAUAUAAAUACAAAACUGUCUUUUCUUUACCAAUUAUUGAAGAGUGAUGAAGGCACAGCAAUGCAGUCAAGUGAAACAGUAAUUACAGCACUCAAGGACAGAAUCAAUGAAUUACCAAAAACAGAGCCAGAAGAUAAUGGAGAAAUUUACUUUUUUGUAAACAAACAGCAAAUGGCUUCAUUGAAACAAUGUGACAUUGGGACUGUAAAACAAUUGAGGGCAGCAGAUUAUUUAACAUUAAAAGGAGAGGAAUCUGUGAUAACAUGUCAGACAACUGUUGUCAAAAUAAUCAAAACAGAUGAACAUGAAAUAUAUGCCAAUGAACUGAAGGCAACUUGGACACAUCCUACAGGGGAAACCAACAUCUGUCAAGUUCAGGAAGAUAACAAUGGACAUUAUUUUGUGACAGGAAAAUGGUCAAUUCCAGGAGUUUGUAAAUUAGAUGUGAGUGCAGAUUACGAACCAAUUAACCAAUCACCAAUGAUAAUCAAAGUAGAAGAGGGAAGAUUAUUAAAUACUAUUCAAAUAAAUGCAACAUUUAUUGGAGAUGUAGUUAAAUGUGAAGAUGAUUGCUUAAUGGUUUCAUGUAUGACAAAUGAAAUUCUCAAGUACAAGCAAUCAGGAGAAUAUAUUGGUAAGAUUACACUACCACAAGGUGUGGAAGUAUCCAGAAUGUACAAAAUGAAUAAUGGCAACAUAGCAUUCAGUCAUAUAAAAACUAGAUCCAUUAAAAUAUGCAAUAUGAAUGGUGAGGUAAUACAGACAUUUGGUGAGGGAGUACUGAGUUCACCACGAGGUAUUUAUUUUGUUCAGGAAUGGAAUUCUUUGCUUGUAGCAGAUUUGGACAGAAGCAGUGUGUACAUGUUUUCCAUGUAUAAUGGCGGUAAGUACGCCCAGAAGAUAAGCUCAGUAAGCACAAUACAAGGUCAAAAGUGUGGUGUCAUUGAUACUCUUUCACACAAAAGGCACAUUCUUGUAUUGACGCAUUAUACCAGCACAUUGCAAUUAUUUGAUAAAAGUAGCGGAAGUGUUAAGUUCAAGAAAUUCCUUAUUAAUGGUGAGGAAUCCACGAAAGAUGAAGACCUUCUUGAGAAGGUACAGCAGCGUGCUACUAGGAUGUUUCCUGAAUAUCAUCAUCUUUCAUAUGAGGAACGAUUGAAAGCCUUAAAUCUUCCAACACUAAAGUAUCGAAGACAGUUUGCAGAUUUAUUGCAAGUGUUUAGAAUUGUUCAUGGUUUUGAUAAUAUUUCAAGUAACUCACCUAUUACAGGAUGGAAGAAUGAUGCUUUCUAG